AUGCGACUGGCGAAGCUGACGCAAAGCUUAACGCUCAAAAAUGCAACGCAAAAGUGCACGGAUCCGUCGCACGCCAAGCGUCACGGGAGCAGCAGCAGCAACGGUGCGGGGCAGAGUAUUGGUAGCGGCGCCAACGUUAACGGCCUGGCGGCCACAGCGACAGCGGCAAGAAGCAGCAGCAGCAGCGGCGGAAGCGGCACCGGCACCGGCUCCGGAAGUGGCAGUGGCAGUGGCAACACCAACAGCAGCAAGCGCAAGUCAAAGCCAAGGACAAAGUGUUUCGGUGGCACAACACUCAUCAACGACGUUGACGAGGACUUAGAGCAACAGCUGACCGCAGCGGACAUUGCAGCCGCCAGCUUGGCCAGCGGUUUGGUAGCCAGGCGCGCCGAGCCCGAAACUCUCAGUGACGCUAGCGUCUCACCCACCGUGGUGGUGCUGCAGCUGUCCAGCACUGUGACAGCUAGCACAGCGCCCAGCCUGACCCUGCCGGAAGCGACCAGCCUGACGACAGUAACCACUGCAGUGGCGCCAACAGCAACGCUGCUAGCCACAACCACCAGCGUUUCCUCAGCAUCGCCGUCGCCCAGCGCCGUCUACACAUUGGGGAACAGCAGCCCGAUCAAGGGUCUUGAGGAACCGCUGCCGCCCAUUACCAUUGCAGGUGGCGGAUAUUGCGGCAGCUGCGAGAGUGUGCAUCACAGUUCGGGCACCUCAUCCUCGGCAACGGCUGGCGGCAGCGCGCAGCCAGAGUACGGCGGCGCCUCGACGCCCUCACCGCGCAUAAAGCUCAAAUUUCGUAAGCCGCACAAAUCGUGUUGGUCGCGUAUUGUGCUCACACCGAUUGGCAGCACCGGCGGCGGCGGUGGCGGUGGCUCAUCCUCGGCCACACUGCUGCCCACCACCAAAAUGCAGGCCGAACAGGGCUCAAUCGGUGAUCUCCAAAAGUAUCACAGUCGCUACCUGAAGAACCGUCGUCACACCCUGGCCAAUGUCCGGUAA